CACCCGAAAAACGAGGUGUAUCCACGCACGAGACCAUCGCUCCGGAACGAGAAACCGGGAAUAGGGAAAGUUUUUGUGUAUAACUUGUGCUAAAAGUAUCAUCUCAAAACAGCGAACCGGCAAAGCCAAAGUCACUAUUGGUCGUACAUUCGCACCUGCUGCGGUCCCUUCUUACGCACAUGGUGUACGCCGGUUGCUAGGGUCAACUACGUACGCCCUUCUUUGCCAUGGAAACGAAAGUAUCCGAUCAGCGCAAGCUGACGGAAAUCUUACUGGAAACAGAGCGCGUUGCCGACCGAAUUUUGGCCUACAAGCAAGAGCUGGUGGAGCUGGACAAACGGCGGCAGGAUACGCGCGAGGCGCUCCGGCUGAUCGAGAAGCACAUUCCCGAGACGCAGCAGCGCGUUUGGAUAACGAUCGGUUCGAUGCUCAUGAAACGCGACCGCCACACCGCGGUUGAGCUGUUGCGCAAGGAUCAGCAAACGACGGAGGCGGAGAUCGAACGGAUACGCAUGGAGCAGAAGCUGCUGGUUGCAAAGCAGCGCGAUCUCGAGCACGAUCAGCCGUUGCGCGGGUUCAAUUUGAAACCACUAAGCAAUGCGGAAAUUGCUGGCAUUCGGUCGAAUUUGCCUGGUUUUUGAGGACGAAGUGUAGGGAUGUGGGUCGUUUUUACACUGUACACUGUAUUAGAAGUUAAGGCGGGAUAGGGCGAUGUCGAUCGCGCUCUCUUUCUGUUUCGUGUAUCUCAUAAGUUUAUUUACUUAAUAAAAUCACAUAAAUAUAGCAA